UAUACACAUACACACAUGCACUUUCCUUACUUCUUCAUUAUUCUCUCAAAACACAUCAAUCCUCUCUCUCUCUCUCUAAAAAUGGAGAAAACUCUAGCAACUCCCGACAACGCUAGAUCUCUUUCACCGUCAUCUUCAGCCGCUGUGAAAUCACGAACCGGUGGUUUCGAACGCAGAACCAAACGGAGAUUGUCGCAGACUAAGGCAAGCGUGUGUGUCUCCGGCCAAGAAGAAGAUGACGAAGAAGAGGUAAAGGAGAAAAUUGAGGCGUUGCAAAGGAUUAUUCCCGGUGGAACUGCGCUUGGUGUAGACGCGCUCUUCGAAGAGACAGCUGGUUACAUAAUGUCUCUACAAUGUCAGAUCAAAACCAUUAAAGUCCUCACUUCAUUUAUCCAAAGCUUAGAUAAACAAGAUAUGAAGUUCGGAGGUUGAAGAUGAUGAUGA